GAGAUGAUAAUUAAAUUUUUUGAGAAAACAAGAAAUUGGAAAACAUUUUGAGACCUAAAAUUGCGAUCCAUUUCUGGCCAAAAUUUCAUUGGAAGGCAAAAACUUGCAACAAACAAAUUGAAAACCACCAAAUGAACGAAAUCAACGACACCUUUGCUUUAAACAGAUAGUGUUUUUUGGGAAUUGCCACCCAUUCCUCCAAACAACUCCUCAAACUUUUUUCUUCUUUCCCAACCAUUGCCUCCUCUCCCUCUUCUCAUUCCCAUGUUCAUCUGAUUUCAUGGCCAAUUUCCAUGCUGUUUUGCCUCAUUUUGGCCUCCAUUUGGGGUUCCAUUUCAAAAGGUAAGAACACAAAAUUUCACCCCAUUUUCUUCCACAACACACAGAACCCAUUUGUUUUCUCAUCACCAUCCAUUUUGGCUCAGUUUUAUGAACCCCUCAAAGCUUUGAUUUGAUUCCACACUUCUUCUUCCCCAAGAGCAAAGAGCAGGCAGAUCAGUUAGUUCUCUCUUGUUGCUUCAUCUUCCAUCAAGAACAAGACUCUGAGCAAACAAAACAAAACAAAAAUGUCUAACAAUAAAAUGAAAGGCCUCCUCAAAGGCCUCAGAUACAUUUCUCAAAUAUUUGAUAAUGAGAAAGAACCUGAAAUGCAGAUUGGUUUUCCCACAGAUGUCAAACAUGUUGCCCAUAUUGGAUGGGAUGGUCCUUCAGUCAAUAAUAAUCCAAGCUGGAUGAAUGAAUUCAAAGCACCACCCCCUAAUGGAGAAACCAAUGAGGAUGCCUCUGUCCAAUGGGCUUCUCAAGGUGGAGAUUCGAAAAGAGAUAUGGCAGUUACGACUCGGGACAUGCCGGAGCUCCCAAAAUCAUCGAGACGGCAGUCGUCGACUGUGGGCGGAAGCGCGGCGGAGUCUCCGACUAGAGAGAAAUCGGAGAAACCAAAGUCAAGGAAGUCAUCCAAGUCGAAGGAGUCGUCCCGUCGGAGCGCCGAUCUGAACCAGGGCGGAGAGUCGCCGACGCAGGGCGCUCCGGGCAUUCCGAAGAAAACGCGGCGGAAGAAAUCGAAGGACUCGGCAGGAGAAGGGUCCACGAGAUCCACGUGCAAAGCUGCGGACACGUGUUCCGAUAACGGGUCGGAUCAAGGGUCCAUAGCCGGAUCCAUAUCCAGAUCCAACGACGAGGAUUUGUUAACGGGAGACGGUGUGUUUGCAUGAAUAUUUGCUUUUGGGGGGCAAAUUAUGUAAUUUAAGGUAUUAGGUAGGAUAAUUGAUAAUUCUCUAGUUUUUCUUUUUUGGUCAACCAAGCUUCAUUGUCAAA